AUGGCCGAGAAAGCAACCUCAGAGAACAUCGACAAUGCGCAUCGACAGUCUACUCAAGGGAGACUGACUACGUCUGAACGCAAUGAUGAGGUUUCAAAACCGAGGAUUAAUGGUGGCAUGCAAGCAUGGAUGACUGUGGUAGCCUUGUUCUGCGUCUUUGUGAACUCCUGGGGAAUCCUCACUACAUUUGGCGCGUUUCAAGCAUAUUAUCAGACAGAACUUCUUUCCGAUCUAUCACCGUCAACAAUCUCCUGGAUUGGAAGUGUCCAAGCAACGCUGAUUCCCAUGGUCGGUAUAAUUUCCGGGCCAUUGGUUGAUUCGGGGUAUCUGCGGCCAUUGAUGGUGAUUGGAAGUUUUUUAACAGUCUUUGGUCUCAUGAUGACUAGUCUUGGGACUGAAUAUUAUCAGAUUCUCCUAGCGCAAGGUUUCUGUGUCGGGUUAGGAGGUGGCAUAUCCUACAUCCCAGCACUAGCAGUAGUUUCCACCAGCUUCACCACAAAACGGCCAAUUGCGAUUGGAUGCGCAUCAAUUGGCUCGAGCGUUGGUGCAGUGAUAUUCCCCGUGAUGUUCCGUCAGCUUCAGCCUAAGAUUGGUUUUCCAUGGGCAGUGCGCUGUAUAGCAUUCGUCAGCCUUUUGAUGGCCAUAAUAGCAUGCUCUAUCCUGUGUCGUCGACCAGGUCAUCAAUCGAGAGCACGCAGUCUUAUCGAUUGGACAGCUUUUCGAGAACUGCCGUUUAUGCUUUUCUCUGUGUCCCUUACUUGCGUCAUGCUCGCAUACUAUGUGCCGAUUUUUUACGUUGCAUCCUAUGCUGAAACUGUAGUACAAACAACUACCAGUCUCGCAUUCUACAUGGUGGCCAUUGUGAAUGGGUCUUCCGUCUUUGGUCGUAUCGUGCCUUACUUGCUAGUUGCUUAUGUGAAACCGAUUGCUAUCUUGCUAUUCUGUGUGACAGCCUCGGCUAUUGCGAUGUUCACUUGGAUUGCUGCGACUGAAACACCGGGUUUCAUUGUUUGGGCUUGCUAUUGGGGUAUCCUGAGUGGCGUACUUGUGACAGCACCGACAUCUAUCGUUGCACAUCCGGUUUUCUGUACCAAUCCGAACUAUAUGGGCACUCGUCUAGGCAUGAUGUGGGGGAUUUCAUCAUUUGGCGCCCUGGCGGGUACGCCAAUUGCAGGUGCCUUGGUAAAUCUUGAUACAGCUUAUUUCCUGCAUGCGCAGAUCUUUGCAGGGUGUAUGAUGGUUGCAGCCAUACUGUUACAGUGGUGGCCGGCUUUGAAGGUGAUUCAAUAUGAUCGAGAUCACCCUCGUUGA